AUGACUAAUAAAAAUAUUGCUUAUUCAUGUGACACAUUUGUUGUUUUACCACCGUUGACAGAUUCAAACUUUCAUAUAUUUGGUAAAAAUUCAGAUCGACCAACAAGAGAAGUUCAAGAAGUUAUAUUUGUUUCAAAAGAACAUACAAGCGGAAAUAAGGAUCAUGUUCAGUGUACUCAUAUUCAAGUUCCUCAAGUUUCAACAACUUAUCGAUGUAUUUUAUCAAAACCAGCAUGGUGUUGGGGUGCUGAAAUGGGUGCGAAUGAACACGGCGUAUGUGUUGGCAAUGAAGCUGUAAUCUCAAAAAUACCUUUUGAUACGCGAAAUAAAGCAUUGACUGGUCUUGAUAUUGUUCGCUUAUCAUUAGAACGUGCUAAAACAGCUAAAUCUGCUGUUGAAAUAAUUGGUCAAUUAAUUGAAAAAUAUGGUCAAGGUGGCGUAUGUUAUGAUCCAACAUCAGAUAUUUCAUCUGGUUAUGAUAAUAGUUUUCUUGUUAUGGAUGAUAAAGAAGCAUGGGUUGUUGAAACAUGUGAUCGUGUUUGGGUAGCUAAACAUAUUAAAGAAGGAUAUUAUAACAUUUCAAAUGUAUAUGGUAUUGAAGAUGAUUAUACACUUCAUUCGAAUAAUUUAGAAAGUUUUGCUAAAGAAAAAAAUUUAUGGAAUGGAAAAGAAAAAAUAAAUUUUGCUGAAACAUUUCAAGAUUCAACAACAUGUAGUCGAUUAACAGCAGGACGAAAAUUACUUGAUGAUUUAACUAAAAAUGGCAAUUUUUCUGUUUUUGAUAUGAUAUCAAUUUUACGUGAUGAUCAGUCAGGUAUAUGUAUGUUAAGUGGAGAUAGUGGUUAUACUUCAACUGGUUCACAAGUAUCUGUAUUAACAUCAGCAAAUAAAAAAAAUUCUCAAGUAGAUGCAUGUCAUUUUCUUACUGCAACACCAAAUCCAAAAGUAUCAUUAUUCAAACCAUUUAUUUUUUCGGAUAACGUUGAAUUAGGUCCAUUGACUGUUUCAACACCUUCUGAAAUAAUAUCACAACGUACUCAUCCAUUAUAUGCUGCACAUCAAAAAGCAUCAACUGAACAACUCGAAUCUAAACGUUUAAAAGAUUUCGAACAUGAAGGUAUUAUGGAAAUUAUUGGUAAACUUAAAUCAUCCGAUGAAAAUAAUGCUGAUACGUAUGAAACAUUAUUUCAUGAUACAGCUUCCGCUGAAAUUGAAUUACUUCGAGAACAUCGGCCAACAAAACGAUCUUAA